ACGGAGCGCGUGGGGCCUGCUGACAGCGGGCGGCGGGCAGGGCCUCGCAGGCGGCGUCUCCGGCGGCGCGGAAGGCGGCCCGGGGCGACGAUGGUGCUGCGCCGGCUGCUUCUCGCCCUGCUGAACGACCCCCGGCUCCUGGACCGCCUGGCGGAGGCGCAGCCUAUUCGGGCGGCGGCGCGCCUCACGGUCGCGGCCCUCACGCGCGGACUGCGCCUGCGCGACACCUUCCUGCGCGAGCUGAAGGAGGAGGCGGCGCGCGCCAAGGACGCCGGCUGGCCCCCGCGCCCCGCCGGGCCGAAGAAGGGGCGCAGCCCGUGAGGGGCCCCGCCUUCCGGAGGGACCGCGCGCGAGUGAGCGGAUGGGCGGGGCUUCCGGGCCCUGGACGCGGCGCCCUUCGCUCCCGUCUGGAGUCGGGCAGGAGCGCCGCGACCGGCCCGCCCAGCGCCUCCUACCGGCGGAGGGCGAGGGGCCACCGCGGCCAGGCUGGAGCCCUUCCCCCGGGAGCCCCGGGCGGCGGCGGCGGCGGCGAGGGAAGGAGCGGACCUGCGUGGGAGACGGGCGGGCGACGGGGGGCUCGGAAGCCGCCCGGUACGCGCCGCUCGCGUCCCCUCUGCGAACUGAGAUCGUCCCUCCGGCAUCGAGGUCCCGCGGGUCUGGAACAGCUUGGGGCGCGAUUCCUGCCCUGCGGCGCCCCGGAAGGCCGCACUUCCGCUGGGGGGAUCCCGGCGCGGCAAGGGCCCCGUUUCCGAGUCUUGGUGGCACGCUUAAUCGGGGCGCUGGAUUAACCUGUUUUUCUGGAUUUGUACCAUGUAUGGAACCCGGAACGGAUCCGAACUCUGUGCCGAGCGCUUUUAAAUUUGCUUGAAGUUUGUGUUGUGUGGCUUGUUUGUCCAACUGCUGUGUCUGCACACAUGCGAGCUCUGCUGCAGGAGGCGGCAAAGUGACUUAGAUUGCUUUGUCAGAAUUAGCAGUGUUUUUUCUGUAAGAGACGGGGAGCAGCAUUUUAUGGGUAGAAUCCUCAGGUGAGCAGUGCUCAGGAGAGUUGGAGAAGUGAAGCAUUAAGGAUAUAAUUAAUUGAUGGUAUAAUAAAAUACUUCCGAGGAAAAGGUAAAAGUCAUGCGAACAGGCUGGUGAUAUUGCGGAAAGCUCCCUGGGCUGAAUCAAAGAGUGAUAGCCUGUGUUCACACAAUAUUUUUAAUUACUGUUUUUUUAAUACAUAAAGUGGGACCUAACCAAAUACACUGAAUUUGAUAACAUGUUAAACUGUUAAAAAAGAUGCUGAGCCUCAGGAUUAAAACAAGUUCACCUUCACAUCUUGUGCGUACGCACCUGCUAGAUCUUUAAUUGGCCCAGAUAUGUCUGUUACAUUCCAUGGUCAGCAAAGGUGACAAACAAACAACUACUGGAGCUGUACAAGAUCGGAAAAUGCGGAGAGAGCUGGUCCAUAGAAUCGUCAAGAAUCGGACAUGAUUGAUCUGUAUCAUGUCUGUUAAGCAGACCUCACUGAAACAGCAGGAAUAACGUAUCGCUAACUAGGUAUAUAGUGUGGGGAGGGGUGGCAUCAUAUGCACAACACGUCAUGCACAUGAUAUUAUGUACUGUAAGUCAUGAUGCAAUUGGUGCAUGUUAUAUAAUGGAUCUUACUUGCCUGUUGACAGAUGGUUCUGUUGUCAUGGUUUCUACCAAACACCUGUGAUGCUGUAGUCUGAAACUGGAUGGACUGUGCUGGGUAGGCUAAAGUUCAAAAUAUGCUCAGGCUUGUGUGAUAUGCUAGGGUAAAAAGAAUUUGGGUUUGGAGCAAGAUGAAAAAACAACCUCAGAGCUGGCCAGUCAGGCCAUCAAGUCUAACCCCAUUCUCAGUUCAAGAGUCAAAGCAUCCCUGACCGAGGGCUGUCCGGCCUCCACUUGGACAAACUGAAUGCAAGCAUCCUCUGUUCCUGUGUCGUAUGGCUCUGAGGACAUUUUUUUCCUCUAAUGUUCAGUCAGAAUCUUAGUUUUUCUGGAUUCUUUUGUAGGGUUGGUCCAAUGCAGAAUAAAGUGGAUCAGCUAUAUUUCUGUCAA